AUGAACGUUUUGCUUCCAACUCAAGCAUCGUUCUUUUCAUCACCUCACCGUAACCCCAUUCAUACUCCAGUCUCUCCGCACACAAAUCACAGAAUGGUCGGUCGAAAACGAAAAGCUGAUGAUGAUGGACUCGAUGACAAUAUGUCUAUUUCUCCUACAAAUAGCCCCUCCCUAGCUACACGACAAAUACCCCGACCCUCCAAAAAAGUUAGAGCAAACGAAAUCAGCGGUCGUCCUCUUAGCCUCCCUCGUCUCCUCGAAACCCUUGAUGCUCAGUCAUUGAGAUCGGUCCUCCAAACUAUCUGCGAAAGACACCCGGAGAUCGGUUCGGAAAUUGUCACCUCUGCACCAAGACCAUCUGUGGCAUCCACUCUUGGCGUUCUUUCCAAAUACCAAAACGAACUACAAGGAGCUUUCCCUUACGGAGGAAGUCCCGGAUCAGAUUAUGCCUACGAUCGAGUCAAGCAACAGCUCACAAACCUUAUUGAUGCUCUAGUCGAUUUUACACCGCAUUACCUCCCACCGAACGAACAACAAACCGCUAUAUCGCUUAGCUUCCUCGAUAGUGCAACCAAAAUUGUUCACGAUCUUCCGAACUGGGAUAGUCAAUCUCAUAGACAUCAUAAGGACAAUGCAUAUGAUGAGAUCUCAAGGGCUUGGGCUUUGGUGAUCAGCGAAGCUUCCAAACGUGGAGGAGGAUUCCAGCUUCAUUCUGGUGGAUGGGACCAAACGCUUGCUAGGCAUAAUGAACAGAGUGGAGGAAAGAUGCAAAUGGCAGUCAAUGCACUGGGAUCAAAUCUUGGUUGGAUGGGAGGUAAUUCUGGUGUGGGCUCCGGAGAUCCAGAUUCUAUACGCAACCAGCUGCUCUCGGGUCGCUAUGGUACUAACCAGAGUGUACCAGUAGGAGCUCCCUGGUAA